AUGACGUACGUCUUAGGGAAAAUGGACCUGUCACGUAUUAAUAAAAUGAAAAUCAAUGAUCCCAGAUUUGAACAAUGGGCUCAAAGUAUAUUAGAGGCGGAAGAGAGUGACUUUAGCGGGAAUGAUGACUCUCAUAAUGAUCCCGAUUAUGUCAGUGAACACGAAAGCGAUUCAGAAAUUGAAUGGGCGCCGGAAACCGUGGCACUGGAAACUACACUGGAUGUUUCAGAUACUACCUCACAAAAUGCAGCACCUUCCAACGAGCACCAAGAAAUUCCAAAUUCAACUCCGAGAACGUACUAUGGUAAAAAUCGAUACAAAUGGACUGCAGAUGCUCCACUUUCAAAUAAAGACGUGCCUGAACCGUCAAAUGAUGUUUUAACAAAAAGGGUAAGGUGCUCUAAAUGUCCAAGAUCAUUAGAUCGGAAAACCAAGAUUGUUUGCGCUAGUUGCAAAGCACCUAUCUGCCAUGGUACAUUGAACCUAUAUGUUUAG